AUGGCGAAGGCACGCAAGUUUACCUUUGAUCUCCCGCGGUUGAAGCUGGGCUCUUCCAAAGCCGACACCAAGGCCAUUCAAGACCACCUAUCGUUCCAACUAGAGUCUCCGCCUCCCACACCGAAGAGCGUUCGGCCACCGCUAUCACCACACGUGGAUGUCGAGCUACGGCAGGCCUGUGCUUACGUGCUGCAAAACUUCCGUCCAUCGCACAUUGUCUCCGAGGAGCAAUACGGUAGCCACCACAAACAGCAGCUGGACUAUGCUACGAUCAAAGAGGCCUCCCCACCGGCGCUCAGCAACGGGACCACCAAGUCGCAAGGGCUGUCACUAGCCGGUGGGCAAAGUGCGAGCAAGCGCAAGUCGUUCAGCGGACUGCAGCUGAGCUCUAGGUUAGAUUCUGUACGCAGGAGGGAUGAACAGGGGCGAGAGGAUGCGGCGAACAACGCGACACUACGUGCUGAAGAGCUCAUGGCAACCCCAUCCAAGGCAAUGUCAGAUAUUCGGCAAAGAGCUGACUCACACCUACGGUCCGUCUCAGGCCCUGUAAGGAGUGCUAUGCUACCGCCGAAGAUCGACGUACUGGAGAGGCCAAAGACAGCACCGCGGACAGACUCAGUGGACACGUAUGAUUCUACGCCGCAGACGGACGGGACGGACUACCAAUGGUCAGAGAAGGCAUCAACCGCCAUGACUUCUGCUGCCGUGACGCCUGCGAGAAGUUCUAAAAGAGCCUCAACGCAGGCGCUACUGUCAGGUGUUGGAGUCAGCACCUUGCCAACGGCGGAAGCGUCUCACCUGGACCGCAUGCGGUACGAAAUAAUGAUGCACAAGGCGGCGCAAGAGGAGCGUUCAGAGCAUGCUAAACGGGAAGCGGGUGGCUUGACGAGGAGUGCUAGGGCGGACACCAUUUCGUCGACGCAAUUGUCGACACAACUAGAGAUCCCGGAUACAGUCAAAGUACUGGCGCGGAAACCUGUGCCUACGUCACGUGCCGCACGUCAGCCUCACCAAGCUUGGCCGGACAGUCGUCACGAGAGCAAAGCGAUUGCCGAAAUGCGAUCACCGAGUGAAGCUGGAGAGGCAGCCAUGCCUGAUCGCAACCAAGGACCAUUCCCUCAGAGAUCUGACAGCUUGCGGCGUCAGCCACUGGAACGUGCGGCGAGCCGUACGCGGAGCAGAGGGAGAAGCAUCACUCAGUCAAUGAAAGACUUUGUAAGGCCUGGCUCAUCAAAAGGAAUUCGUGACGCAGAAGUGUCACCACGGCCCCGGAGCCGCUCUCGCAGCGUAACGCGCAGAUUCAUCGAAUACGUCAAGCCGGGGGCUGCACUGAGUAGCAGGAAGUCAAGCCUCGACAAAGGUCGCACGUCGGUCGACUCGUAUCGGUCCGCUGCCUCUCAUCUGGCGCCGUCGGAAGACUCUUCGCACAGCAGGUGGCGGAGGCGGCAGGUCUCGCACCGCAAGAAUGAAGAUAGCAGCACCCUCGACGACAGUAGACCUGGCACAUCUGGAUCUACAUCUGAACGCGGUCGCUCAAAUGUCCGGCUUUCUCCGUCGUCUCAAAAGCUUCGACCAGCUAUCAACCUUAACCGCGAGCUUCCGCCUUUGCCAGGUUUAGAUCAGUGGAAGGCAGAUGAGACCGAAGAUUCUGCUGCAAGUUACGACGCCCAGCCUAGCAAAAUGGCCGUCAAACCCAUGGUGGGAGUCUCCGACGAAACUAUUACCGUACUUUCGGAGCAAGAACCAUCGACCGAAGAAUUAGGACCUGCCACUGCUGAGAGUGGUGCUGUCCUAGCCGCCCGUAUGGGCAUGCCCGCGCCCGCCUUGUUAGACACGCCCUUCGCGGAGCAUAUAUACGUGCUUCCGCAGCCCACUGCAGCACCUCCACGACCGCCAACCGAGACGGAGACACCGAUCACGAGCGCCAACUUUACUUCUAUCAGCGACUUUGACUUCGAGCACUAUACUCCGUCCGACAGCUCGCCGGUCACACCGGACAUCACAUCAGAACGGAUCCGCAGCACAAGCAUAAACACACCGUAUACGCCAGAUCUAUCCGGACCGACUCGAGAGGCGGAGAGUCCCGCAUCUGUCACUCUCGGCAAGGCAACGCUCAUCAACUACUCCCGCGUCGCGGGCGGCCCCACCACCGGCCUGAGCCGCGCAGUCAGCGAAGCCGGUCACGUUGCAAAGCCCAUCGAGCAUACUCCCAGCCUGCACUCCCGGACCACGAGCGAAUCUCUCAACUUCUCACGUAAACCUAGCUCGGAUGGCUAUAAUAGAAUGUACGAUUCGCGGCACCAGAAUAUCGUGGAAAUUCCAACCUCCCCGCAGACGGCGCCUCCAGCGCCGCGGGGCGGUCGUUUGGCGAAGACGAAGUGGUGGCAGAAGCGGGAGAAGAAGGCGCAGAAUUGGAUGGAUCAUGUUGUUAAGUCCGGGUCUAAGAGUGGUGUGCUGCUUACGGAUGAGGUGGCUGGGACGCCUAUUGUGCGAUAUUGA